ACUUGGUUCUUGUUUAUUCCACUCACAUUCGGGGCAGUUGCCAGGAUCCGCCCCCACUGCAGUCACUGGAGGAGCUGGAAGUUAAAACGUUCCUGCUAAGAAUCUGUACGUUUCCUUUGGCUGCUCCUAAGCGGGGCGGGGGCUUUGCUGGUGGUCUAGCCUGGGAGGGGUCUAACCCAGGUCCAGCCUGAACAAGCGAGUGAGCCUGUCGCCAUGGCGGCUUGCUGCAGCUGGAAUGAUGUCUUGCAGUAUGAGACAAACAAAGUCAUCCGGAUCCAGAGCGGGACUUACGGCACCAUUAAGUGGGUCUUGCACUUGAUCAUCUUUUCUUACGUUAGCUUUGCUUUAGUGAGCGACAAGCUGUAUCAGCGGAAAGAGCCCGUUAUCAGCUCCGUGCACACAAAGGUCAAAGGGAUUGCAGAGGUGACAGAGAAUGUCAUGGAGGGUGGGGUGAUGAAGUCAGUACGAAGAAUCUUUGACCCUGCAGACUACACCUUCCCUAUGCAGCAGGGGAACUCGUUCUUUGUAAUGACGAAUUUUCUCAAGUCAGAAAACCAAGAGCAGAAGCUGUGUCCUGAGUUUCCCACCCGAAGUGCACUCUGCCAUUCUGACAAGAGUUGUAAAAAGGGAUGGAUGGAUCCACAAAGCAAAGGAAUCCGGACUGGCAAGUGUAUACAGUACGAUGAGACCAGGAGGACCUGUGAAGUCUCUGCCUGGUGUCCUGCUGAGGAGGGGAAAGUCGCUCCCAGGCCUGCACUCUUGAGGAGCGCCGAAAACUUCACCGUACUCAUCAAGAACAAUAUCGACUUCCCCGGCCACAACUACACCACGAGAAACAUAUUGCCAGAUCUGAACACCUCUUGUACCUUUCACAAGACUCGGAGCCCUCAGUGUCCCAUUUUCCGACUAGGAGACAUCUUCCAGGAAGCAGGAGAGAACUUUUCAGAGGUGGCAGUUCAGGGAGGGAUCAUGGGCAUUGAGAUCUACUGGGACUGCAACCUGGACAGCUGGUCCCACCGCUGUUACCCCAGAUACAGCUUCAGACGCCUGGACGACAAGUAUACCAACGAGUCCUUGAUCCCUGGCUACAACUUCAGAUACGCCAAGUACUAUAAGGAAAACAAGGUGGAGAAGCGGACAUUGAUCAAGGCCUUUGGGAUCCGUUUUGACAUCCUGGUUUUUGGCACCGGAGGGAAGUUUGACAUCAUCCAGCUGGUGGUAUACAUCGGAUCCACGCUGUCCUACUUUGGCUUGGCCACUGUAUUCAUUGACUUGCUCAUCAACACAUACUCAGGUGCCUUCUGCCGGUCCAGGGUUUACCCCUAUUGUAAGUGCUGUGAACCCUGUGCCAUCAAUGAGCACUACUACAGGAAGAAGUGUGAAUCCAUCAUGGAGCCCAAGCCGACAUUAAAGUAUGUGUCCUUUGUGGACGAGCCCUGCAUUCGGAUGGUGGAGCAGCAGCUGCUGGGGAAAAGUCUGCAAGUUGUCAAAGGCCAAGAAGUUCCAAGGCCCCAGAUGGACUUCACGGAGCUGUCUAGGCUGUCCCUAUCUCUCCACGACUCACCCCCCGUGUCUGGACAACCUGAGGAAAUACAGCUGCUGUGCAAAGAGGUGCCCCCCAGGUCCGGGCACAGCCCGGGCUGGUGCCAGUGUGGAAAGUGCCUCCCGUCGCAGCUACCAGAGAACCGCAGGGCCCUAGAGGAGCUGUGCUGCCGGAGGAAGCCGGGACGGUGCAUCACCACCUCGGAGCUCUUCUGGAAGCUCGUGCUGUCGAGGCAAGCCCUGCAGCUGCUCCUGCUGUACCAGGAGCCCUUGCUGGUGCUGGAGGAAGAGGCCACCAACCGCAGGCUGCGACACCGUGCGUACAGGUGCUAUGCCACCUGGCGCUUUGGCUCCCAGGACAUGGCUGACUUCGCCAUCCUGCCAAGCUGCUGCCGCUGGCGGAUCCGGAAGGAGUUCCCCAAGACGGAGGGCCAGUACACUGGCUUCCAGUAUCCCUACUGAUAAUACAGUUUCUCUUGGAAAGGCCUAGAGACAGUCUGAGCCAAAGGGAACUUUGCUUUCCUCACUGUCAAAGGCCUGAUUAGAACAACCCACAAGCACACACACCAGCUACCCAUCUGAGCCUGGAGUCUGAGCCUAGGCUGCUGUGCCACCCACAGCCUUUAAUGCGUACAUAGGUCCCUCAUCUCCCAACCUACUUUCUCUGAACUAGGGUGAAACAGACUGAGGUGGCAUCGGUGGUCUCUCUCGUUAAAUGCUUACAUGGUUCUGUGGAUGCAAAGGUCCAACCCUAAAAACAAACCCUUUGGGAUUUGAGAAUACUCUGAGGGAUUAAAUAUGGCCGCAACUCAUUUGAUACUACCCCCAACCCGAAUCUCAAGACCCAGGGGUCUUGUUGUUUCCCCUCCCCAUUAUAGGCGGCUCUGGUGGCUUCAUCCAGUAGUGGAUGUGACGUUGCAUCUAUUUCAGGACCUCGUUUUAAGAGGCCAACAGCUUCCACUUCCUGUCCUCGGAACUCCUGCUGAGAGGAAGCCAGCCCAAGUUAAGAGUCUGACUAUAGGAGGGCACCUAAGCAGCCCCAGGGAGAAGUACCCAUAACCCCCCCCAACUUCCUCACCCCUCCACCCCCGCCGGCCCAUCACCUCUAAGUCCAGUCGCCACAGGGAAAGAGAUGCCUUUGGGUGAUUUCCAGAUCCUCCUAACACAUGACUGAAACUGCAGGAGACAGGCUGAGCACGAACUGUUCAACCCAGAGGACCACUUUGCUGUCUUAAGUCAUUGCAUUUGGGGGAGGGGGGUUGGCACACAACAGCAGAUAACUGGGACAAGAGAUGCUGACUGAGGCCCAGAGUCACUACAAAACAUAGUGCUUAUUGGGCAGCUGUAAGAGGUCGUGUUAAAGCAGCCUGGAAGCCAUCAAAUCUAACUGCAUACAAGAUACAGUCGGACCCUCAUUGCUACCCUAUGGUUUCAAGGGACUACUACUGUCACAA